GUACGAUAAUAUUAACAAACACAUUUUAAAGCAUCUUCUUCACAAAAUGGCAAUGCUUAUAAUACGACUGUAAGAGUGUAAGAGAGUAUGAGAAACCAGUUGAAAUGAGCUAAACCAUCAUCUUCUUCACAAAAUGGCAAUGCUUCGUUACAUUAUCUUCAAUUACCAUCAUUACAGAGCAUUUAUCUCCAAUAACCCCCACAAAUCAAUCCCUCUUUUCCCAUUCCAAUUUUCCCACAAUUUCACUACUUCCCAAUCAGACUCAUUCACCGUCUCUUACCUCAUUAACACAAUUGGUUUCCCUCGUGAAGCAGCUCUCAAAGCUUCAAAACGACUUCGUUUCAACUCUCCACAAAAACCCAAUUCAGUUUUCAAUUUCUUCACAAACCUAGGUUUUUCAGAUUCCAAUAUACGCAGCAUUAUCAUAAAACAACCACGCCUUCUUUCCUCAGAUACCCACAAUUCAAUUCUUCCAAAGUUUCAAUUUUUUCUAUCCAAAGGUGCUUCAUCUUCUGAAAUCGCUUGUUUGUUAGCAGCGAAUCCCAGAAUUUUACAGAAUAGUUUGGAGAAUAGAAUAAUUCCUCUUUUUGAAUUUUAUAAGAGGUUUUUUAAAUCUGAUAAAGCUACAAUUUGCUGCAUCAUUCGAAAUUUGAUAUCUUUGCCUUACAAUCUUACUACUGUUAAUGUUAAGUUAUUGAUUGAUUAUGGAGUUUGUGAUUCCGCUAUUGCUAGAUUGCUUUUGACAAGACCAGCUAUACUUGGAUCAAUUGAUUUCAUUAGUACUUUGGAGGAAGUUAAGGGUUUAGGGUUUCACCUUUCAACUUCAACUUUUGGGGCAGCUUUGGUUGCAAAGAAAUGUAUGAGUAAAACACUUUGGGAUGAGAAAGUUGAUGUUUUUAAGAAAUGGGGUUGGACUGAUGAAGAUGUUAUUCGAGCAUUUAGAGGUCGUCCUGAAUUGUUGUUGACUUCAAUUGAUAAGAUUAAUUUGGUGAUCAGUUUUUGGGUUAAUCAAUUGGGUUGGAAUUCCUUGGCACUUUCUAAAAGGCCACGUAUUUUUAGUUACAGUUUGCAUAAAAGGAUUGUUCCAAGGGCAUUGGUUCUGCAGUAUCUUGUGAUGAAAGGUUUGAGGAAAAAGAAUGCAAGCUUGGUUGAACCGUUUGCUCCGUCUAAGGAAAUGUUCCUAAGAAAAUAUGUUCUCAGUUUUAAGGAGGAUUCUGAUUAUUUAUUAAAGCUUUAUGAGGAAAACGUAAAUCUUGCAUCCACCAAGGAGAACAUUGACAUGCCAUUCACCAAAUAGUCACUGCAGUUGGAUCAAUUUGCUGAAUGCAUCUAAUGUUCCAAAUUGGAAAGAAAAAAAAAACCAGUCUUUCUUGAUCCAAUUUUUCGAUACUGUCGUAACAAAAGCUGCUAUGUAGCACUGGUGGUGUUGGAUCCGAGGUCCAUGACAUCCUGUGGUCAUGGAGAAGGCGAUCGUGGUGGAAACCUAACCAAGUAUCGUGUGACAAUGAUUUAUGGCUCCGCCAUCAGCAAUGUUCAUCACAAGGGUGGAUGCUACACAACAAAGAUAUCCAACAUAAAAAACUACAUCUUGGUGCCCGGAUAAAAAUAAAACUCAUUAGCAUUGCACGCUGUAAAACUCGAUGGGAUUUUUUUCUUCCAUUCAUUAAUCCAAAUGAUGGCACCUUAUCAGAGAGAGUUCUAAUACAUCUGAAUUUGAUAUUAAGACCAUUCUGCUAUGCAACACCUGCUCCAUUGUAAUGACAGAAUUGCAAAAUUUCUAUGCAACAGUUUUGCAAAUCUGAGU